AUGGACGAAGAUUCUCUGCACCAAAUCAAUGAUACAAUGGGGACAUCCGCCUACUCGUCGCCCUAUCCCUACAAUAUUCGCAUUGCUUUAGCCUGUUUGGCUAUCUUGGUCACAACCCUGGGCCUUGUUGGAAACAGUCUCGUCAUCUGGUCCGUCAUCCUGUCCAAGAAACUCCGCACCGUGACCAACGCCUUCGUAGUCAACCUCAGCGUGGCUGAUUUCUGGACCAGCCUCUCCUACCUGUGGAUUUGUGUCGCCGGACUGAGCCACGAUGGCUGGCCGUUGGAGUCCGAAGUUCCUUGCCAGAUCGCUGCAGUGCAGUUUUACACCGGUCUUGGUGCGAGUCUUUACACUUUGGCCUCCAUAGCUUUGAACCGCAUGGUCCUCAUCACUCAAACAAUGAACACCUACAGUUGGUGGUACACCCCGCGUAAAGUAGCCGUCAUGAUCGCAUUGACUUGGGUUAUCCCGUGUGUUGUGACUUUCCUCCCGCCGAUUUUGGGCAUUGGCGCUUUUGGGUACGAUCCACAAGACAAUACAUGUUCAGACAAAGAUGGUCACCCAAGAAGUGCCGAAUACAACCUGGCCCAAUCUGUAGGUCUUUUCCCAGUACCAAUGCUCAUCAUCCUCUGUUGCUACACAGCACUCUACAUCCAUCUCAAACGACACUUCAAGAAGCUGAAGAUGACUAGAUCUGUCAAGAAUAGCCAGUCAGCCUCCACAGCGGUUGGUUUGGAUUGUGAAACGUCCACCAAAUUUACUGUUGGGGAGUCUUCAGUGACUAAUGCAGAACACGUCUCCAAGAAAGCAAAACGGGCCAUCAGGCAUCAGCAACUAGCCAUCACCAAGAAUUUGUUCCUUGUGUUUUGCGUCUUCGCAAUAUUACUGUCUCCUUACUUCAUCUCUCUCGCUAUACCAUCCAGCCGUAAGUUUGCGGUCUAUGGAGGUGCCAUCGCUAUUUUGAACAGUUGCGUAAACCCCAUCAUCUACGCAGUCAAUCACCCACAGUUCAAAGUGGUAAUGAGGAAGAUAAUUACGUGCCGUUACUCUGAGAUACGCGAACCUUCAGAUUUACUGAAAUUCUUGCUGUCAUUGCGUAAGAAUGAAUAA